GCAGGCGCAGGCGGCGGCGCCGCGCCCCCGGAGGCCGCCGGCGCAGGCGCGGAGGAGGCAGCGCGAGGAAGCGCGCGCAGCGCAGCGGCGGGACCGGGGCCGUUGGUGGCCGUUCGCCCUCCCCCAACGGCGGCCGCCGCCGCCGCCAUGGUGCUGGAGAGCCUGGCCCGCAUCGUCAAGGUGCAGCUGCCCGCGUACCUCAAGCGCCUGCCUCUGCCCGAGAGCGUCAGCGGCUUCGUGCGCCUCACAGUUUCAGAAUGGCUGCGGUUAUUGCCUUUCCUGGGCGUGCUGGCUUUGCUUGGUUAUCUCGCUGUUCGUCCAUUCCUCCCCAAGAAGAAGCAGCAAAAGGAUAGCUUGAUUAACCUCAAGAUCCAGAAGGAAAAUCCAAAAGUAGUGAAUGAAAUAAACAUUGAAGAUCUGUGCCUCACUAAAGCUUACUGCAGGUGUUGGCGUUCUAAGACGUUCCCUGUCUGUGAUGGCUCUCACAACAAGCACAAUGAAUUAACGGGAGAUAAUGUAGGUCCACUAAUACUCAAGAAGAAAGAAGUAUAGCAGAUACCUAAUCCAUUAGAUCAUGACUGAUAAGUCUUUUAUACAGUUGUAGUUGCAGGAGAUGACAUUUUAUUAUGUGAUUAGAUUGAUUUAGUCUAAUGAUUGCUGUAGAUUUCUUUUUGGGAUAAACUCUAUUUAGACAGUGCUAAAUUUCACUGUUUUGAUACUUUAUUCUGAGAAGAAUUAUGUCUGCUGUGUAAAACGGUAAAGUAACUAUCUCUGUAAAUAAGUUAUUUCAACAAUAAAAUGACUUCCUACAA